UUGGCUAAGAUUUGUCAAUUGAAGCACCAAGCUUUUCCUUUCUCUUCAAUCAAAAUAUAUUAAUUUAUUAAGCGCCGUUCGUACUUGCUUUUGAACUUUGUAUCUGAUAGCAAAUUAUCUUCCAUUUCCUUUGUCUCAAAGCUUCAACAACUGUAAACCUAUCAAGUUCUCUCCUCUAUAGGUCAAAGACUUUAAAGCAGUGCCCACAACUUCCUCCCUCCUGCAGCCGGUUUUCAUGGCAGCCGUCUUUCUAUUCACCCCAACUAUCCCAACCUUCUUCAUCAUGUUUUCUUUCGUUUAUCUCUUGGCUUAUUUUUUAAUUUUCUGCAAUUGGGGUCCACAACAACGAGCAGGAGCUUCGAGUUGCUUCAUCUCGUUAGUUCAUGGCACACCUGCUGUUCUCAUCGCCACCUACGCCAUAAUAAACACUCAAAGAAACUUUGGUAAUUUAGCUUCUCCAAACACCACUUCCCAGAACAUUGUUCUUGAAUUCAGUAUCGGUUACUUCUUAAUGGACCUUCUUCACUACAUAAUCUUCUACCCUCGUGAAGUUCUCUUUAUACUCCACCAUUUGGUUACGUUAUACGUAUUUGUCACUUGUCGCUACAUGGUUCAUCAUGGAGCAUCUGCAAUCCUUAUACUUCUUAUUCUGGCUGAAAUUACGAGUCCUUGCCAGAAUGUAUGGACUCUCGCCAGUUUCCGGAAAGCUGGGGUACCAGCUUCUGCCAAAUUGUAUAAAAUCUUGUCUCCUCCGUUUUACGUCUUCUAUUCUGUCGUUAGAGGGGUUAUUGGACCUCUGUUUGUGUACAAGAUGGGGGUCUUUUACAUAAGUGGGGCAGCUGAUAGUUUGAUUCCAAAGUGGGCUUGGGUUUCUUGGAUGGUUGUAAUUAUCAGUGCAAUUGCACUUAGCAUAUUGUGGAUUCUCAACAAUUGGCUCGACUUGUUCAAGGAAAGCAGAAACAGAGCUUCGAAGAAAUUGAGAUAGAUGAGUAUUCUACAAUCUACACCUUUUAAGUUUCUUGAAACCGUGUGGCCAAAGGGCUUGUGGUCUAUUCAAACAAGUGGGCAUUAUCUGUUUAGUAACUCUUGUUAAUAGGGUAUAAAUUGGUGUCUAUUUUCUGUACGUACUACAUAAUGUUAAAACCCCCCGUUAGGUUUUCAAAUCUGACUCUAAGUUGUUACUUG